AUGGGUGUGCAGUACCAGGGCACUCUGGGGGGAGGAGGCGCCCCCUACCCACCGCACAGGAAGGAACGAGCGCUGCCCCGGCCCAUUCCACACGCCUCGGAGGCCGAGGCUCUCUGUGCUCAGCUUCCUCUCGGCUGGCUCUACUGCUCCCACAAUUUCACACCGAAAGAGCAGAACCAGGACUCGGUGCUCCACGACAGGAGGCUGCCCGGGCGCAGCUCAGAACAGGGCAGACGGCCCUGCCGGCCCAAGGUCACCAACACCGGCACCGGGGGCCCCUGCGGCCCGCACGGCCGCAGUGCCCACCCCGACGCGCUUCCUGCGGCACAGCGUGCGGUCCAUCCGGGCACCAUGCAGCCUGCCGCUGCCAACGACACCUCCGCGGAGCUCAACCUGUCGCAGCCGGUGCCGGGCGCCGCCCUGGGGAACCAGACGGGCCUCUCGGAGCACCAGCAGUACGCCAUCGGCCUGUUCCUCUCCUGCCUCUACACCAUCUUCCUCUUCCCCAUCGGCUUUGUGGGGAACCUCCUGAUCCUGGUGGUGAACAUCAGCUUCCGGCACAAGAUGACGGCCCCCGACCUGUACUUCAUCAACCUGGCGGCCGCGGACCUGGUGCUGGUGGCCGACUCGCUCAUCGAGGUGUUCAACCUGCACGAGCAGUACUACGACAUGGCCGUGCUCUGCACCUUCAUGUCGCUCUUCCUGCAGAUCAACAUGUACAGCAGCGUCUUCUUCCUCACCUGGAUGAGCUUCGACCGUUACAUCGCUCUGGCCAAGGCCAUGCGCGCCGGCCUGCUGCGCACCAAGCAGCAGGCCAGGCUGAGCUGCGGCCUCAUCUGGAUGGCCGCGGUCUCGGCCACGCUGGUGCCCUUCACGGCCGUGCAGCUGCGGCACACGGAGGAGGUCUGCUUCUGCUUUGCGGACGUCCGCGAGGUGCAGUGGCUGGAGGUCACGCUGGGCUUUGUCAUCCCCUUCGCCGUCAUCGGGCUCUGCUACUCCCUCAUUGUGCGGGCGCUGGUCAAGGCCCACAGGCACCGCGGGCUGCGGCCCCGGCGGCAGAAGGCCCUGCGCAUGAUCUUCGCCGUGGUGCUCGUCUUCUUCAUCUGCUGGCUGCCCGAGAACGUGUUCAUCAGUGUGCACCUGCUGCAGCGGGCGCAGCCCGGGGCCGCGCCCUGCACCCAGUCCUUCCGCCACGCCUACCCCCUCACCGGCCACAUCGUCAACCUGGCCGCUUUCUCCAACAGCUGCCUGAACCCCCUCAUCUACAGCUUCCUCGGGGAGACCUUCAGGGACAAGCUGAGGCUGUACGUGGAGCAGAAGACGAACCUGCCGGCCGUGAACCGCUUCUGCCACGCCGUCCUGAAGGCCGUGGUCCCCGACAGCGCCGAGCAGUCGGAGGUGAAGCUGAGCAGCGCGGUCUGA